GCUUGGCAAGAUGGCAGAGGAGAGUGUGUUGCUGUGAUUUCUACAGUGAAACUAUCUUGACCGUUCCGUCAGUUUUUCCAUUUUUAUUUUAUCGCUGGAUUUUUAUUUGUAAACAAGCGGGCUUGUGUUUUUAAAACAAAACUCGACACAAAGAGUUAAACAGGGAUUGUCCACUGGGCUCCAGGAAGGUUUUGUUAUCCAGCCGAAUGAACAGAACAACGGCAAAGCAUCUCAUCGAGCGCUACUUUCGGCAGUUAACCGAAGGCUGUGGAAAUGGAAACUGCAAAAACGAGCUCUGCGCCUCGUGUCGCGAUUUCCAGCCGCUGGACAAAAACUCUGCGGCGGUCCGAGCGCUGGAGCUAUGCAAGAUCAAUGCCAAACUCUGCGAGCCUAAGGCUCCCUCGACAGAAUCUGAUGCCCAACCAGCUGAUCUCAACAAGCGGGACUUUUCAGAUAUCCAUUACCUCACAGAGAAUACGGUUUUCAUGAUUCUGAGCGUCUGCGAAGAAGAAGGCGAUUACUCUGCUCUCAUUCGCGUCAUCGGCAAGGUAUUCUCCAAUGCGGGCGCUCUGGUAAAAAGUUUCCGUAAGGAACCCAUUGCAGCAGAAGCUCUUCCAAGAGACGAGGCCCAGCAGGAGUCAGGUCAGAUUGGCACCUCUUUUUCUUCUGCUGACGCCUGCGAGGUGACAGUGGACAUUGACUCUGUGCGGAGGGUCUACGAUAGACUUCAGACCAUGGAUCAGGCGGAGGCAGCGUUGGUCAACGCUCUCGUCUACCUCACUCCUAACGUGGAGCUUGACCUGGAGUACCUCGAUGCCUACGAGACAAACCCCGACUACCUGAACAUCUUCAUCAUCCUGAUGGAGAAUGGCAACCUCCACAGCCCAGAGUACCUGGAGGUGGCGUUGCCGCAACUCUGCAAGGCCAUGAGCAAGCUGCCGGUUUCGGCGCUGGCCAGGCUGUCCAAACUCUGGUCAAAGUAUGACCUUCCCCACCUCCGCCGCAUGAUGGAGACCUUCCAGCAGCUCAUCACCUUCACCGUUGUCAGCCAGGAGUACAACGCGGAGAACCUGGUUAAUGACGACGAGACGGUGGUGGCGGCUUGCAAGUGUUUGAAAGUGGUUUUCUACGCGAGCCUCGUGGGUGGUGACGUAGAUGUUGAGCACAACGAAGAUGACGACAGCGAGGAGUCCGACUCGGAUGAACUCACCCUGCACGAGCUGCUGGGCGAGGAGCGUCUCUAUAAGAAGGGUCCUCAGGUGGACCCUCUGGAGAAAGAGCUGGGUGUCCGACCCGUUGACAGCAGGAAGCCCCUCAUCCCCUUUGAGGACUUUGUCAACGAGUCCCUCAAUGACGUGGUUGAGAUGGACAAGGAUUUCACCUUCUUCAAGGUGGAUGCGGAAACCAAGUUUUCCUUCCAGACCUGCCCCUUCAUCCUCAAUGUUGUUACCAAGAACCAAGGGCUGUACUACGACAACAGGAUCAGGAUGUAUAGCGAGCGCCGCCUCACGGCCCUCUACAGCAUGGUGCAGGGCCAGCAGCCCAACCCCUACCUCAAACUCAAAGUGCGCCGAGAUCACAUCAUCGACGAUGCCCUCGUCAGACUGGAGAUGAUCUCCAUGGAGAACCCAUCCGACCUGAAGAAACAGCUCUUUGUAGAGUUUGAGGGGGAGCAAGGGGUCGACGAGGGAGGCGUUUCAAAGGAGUUCUUCCAGUUGGUCUUGGAGGAAAUCUUUAAUCCGGACAUCGGAAUGUUCACCUACGAUGACGACACCAAGCUCUUCUGGUUCAAUUCGUCCUCGCUGGAGAACGAGGCCCAGUACACGCUAGUUGGCAUCGUGCUGGGCCUGGCCAUUUACAAUAACUGCAUCCUGGAUGUGCACUUCCCAAUGGUGGUCUACAGGAAGCUCAUGGGCAAGAGGGGCACCUAUUUGGACCUCCCGGAUUCACAUCCGGUUCUCUACCAGAGUCUGAAGGAGCUUCUGGACUAUGGUGGCAAUGUGGAGGAGGACAUGGCGCUCACCUUCCAGAUAUCCCAUACGGACCUUUUUGGAAGCCCGGUCUUGUACGACCUGAAGGAGGAAGGAGAGGACAUUCCUGUCUCUAAGGAGAACAGACAAGAGUUUGUGGAGCUGUACGCCGACUACAUCCUCAACAAGGGCGUGGAGAGGCAGUUCCAAGCUUUCAAGAAGGGCUUCCUCAUGGUCACCAGCGAGUCCCCCAUGAAAUACUUGUUCAGACCCGAGGAAGUAGAGCUGCUUAUCUGUGGAAGCAGGAACCUUGACUUUGAGGCCCUGGAGAAGACCACGGAAUAUGAUGGAGGUUAUAGCAAAGACAGUCAAGUUAUCAAGGACUUUUGGGAAACCAUCCACUCGUUCGGACAGGAGCAGAAGAAGAUGUUUCUUCAGUUUACUACGGGCACCGACAGAGCGCCGGUGGGCGGGCUUGGAAAACUAAAAAUGAUCAUCGCCAAAAACGGCCCAGACACUGACAGGUUACCAACCUCUCACACUUGUUUCAAUGCACUGCUGCUUCCGGAAUAUUCCUCCAAGGAAAAGCUGCGAGAAAGACUCCUCAAGGCCAUCACCUAUGCCAAAGGAUUUGGAAUGCUGUGAUGGAUCCUCUGUGAAGGUUUGCUUUUGAGGGGAAAAGGGAAGUCGCUGAAGGACACCCCCACUCUCUUUUAAGUAAUCAGCUUUAUACAUUUGUAUUUCUUUCAUUUCUUGAACCUUACGAGCUCCUUGGGACAUUUUGUGCCAUUCACUUUUGGAUUUGUAGCCAUGGUUGGUGGCUGCUGUGUGAGGAUAUUCAUUUUUAAACAGAAUUCUAGCGCUGUGUAAGAACACACGAUUUGCACAACACAGCAGCUGCAGAACCGAUGUUGUACUAGCGGCAAGGACACUGCUGAGUCAGCAUUAAUAGCGGCGAUGAGUUGGCACGACAGUACGACAAGUACAAGUAAGCGUGGCAGCUGAGCGGCAACAUUUGAAAGCGCACGCAGAGCUAGGUUAAUACUGCUGGAUGAUGACCGCUCAUGAUACUUUAGAGACGGGGUGUCCAAACGUCUUUCCAGCAAGGGCCACAUAGUGAAAAAUGAAAGGAUGCAACUUUGCCACUUUUGAUAUUUUGUAAAGCAACACAGUUAAACCUGUCUUAGCGGCCACCUGUAUAGAACAGCCACCUGCCUAUAGCAGCCACUGAAAAAUCCCCCCCCGCAGAAAAUGUACGUGUUAUAGACCCUGUGUAGAGCAGUCACCUGUCUAACGCGGCCAGCGGCCACCCAUUUUGUAUCCCUUGGCCAAUAUCUGACCGCAUAUAGCGGCCAAAAUACCGACUCAAGCAGAAGCUUCAUGCACGAAAAAGUUUCAUUUUUUAAUCAAUGAAGCCGUCGUGUGUAGACUUUAAUUACUGAGUCCUAGUUCGACAUAAAAAGCCGUCUUCUUACUUUGCAAUGCAGCCCUGAAAAGAUUCAAUGACGGCCAGAACGGUAAUCUUCCCACUUUGCAAUGCCGCCGUGAAUAGAUUCUAAAAUAGCCAAAACACCUGAAUAAAACAUCUAAAAUUUCACUUACUUGCCGACUAAUUAGAGAUUAGAAGCCCAUUCAAUAAGAAAGGAGCGAUGGUAUUGUUAGUUUACGACAAUCUUCGCACCUCCUCCGCACUCAGUUUUUCACGUACACACCCAUUCAUGACUGCUUCACGCGUAUCCUGAUAGAUCCCAUUCCUCAAGCUCGUUCACUAAACAUUUUAUUUCUUGUUUUUAAAAUCGUGUUUAAAAAAAUCAAAGAUGGAAAUAAAUUUUUAAAAAUAUUUCUCCACUACUUAUAUUUUUAUAAUUUUAUUAACUUAUUUGAUUUAAUUUUUAAAAUUAUUUUUAAACACAAAAUUUUUAAUUUUUGUGAACAUGUUAAUAUGUGCGCGCACAAAUUCAAAAUGGCCGCCAACCUGUCUCUAGUGGCCACUUUUGCCGUUUCCCUUCAGCGGCCGCUAUAGACAGGUUUGACUGUAGGUGAAAAAGCCUAUUAUUAUUAUCAACUUAACUCUUUGCUCUUUUUUUCCCCAUUUUGUUUUUUGUUGUUGUUGCAAAUAUUUCAACUUUCUCCUUAAAUAAUCUUCAUAAAUUUUCUUCUCUUAAUGUUAUGACUUACCUUUUUCUCCAACCAAAUUUUCCAAAAAUGACAACUUUGUUUUAUUUUGUUGGUUUCUCAUAAUAUUAGGACAUACAAAACAAAACAACAUAUUUUUUCAUUAAUAUUUCAACUCAAUGCUACUAAAAUGACACCAUUUUACCUCAUAAUAGCAUAAUCAUAAUCAUAAUAUACUGUAAAGUGUAUUCUCCUGAAACUGCAACAUUUUUCUCUUCAUAUUUGGACAUAAUUCUGGCAAAAUUACAGCUGUUUUUUCCAUUUUUGCUCUUGUUUUUUAAAUGUAUUUUCCAACUAUUUCAUCUUUGUUCUUGUAAAUGUUCUUCUCGUAAUAUUAUGAUUUUAUUCCCAUAAUAUUUUGACCUUAAUUAUUAAUAUUAAUAAUAUUAUAACUUUUUGUCCAACCUAGUUUUCCAAAAACGACAACUUUACUUUGUUUGCUUUGUUUCUCAUAAAAUCACAACUUAAAAAAAACAAAUGUCUUUUUUUUCUUUAAUAUUUCAACUUAAUGCUACUAAAAUAAUUUUUCCUCAUAAUAUUAUGAGUUCAUUUUCAAAUGUAGACUUUUUUUUCUCGUUGCAGUCCAACUUUUUUCGCUUCAUAUUUUGACUUUCUUCUCACAAAAUUACAGCUGUUUUUUUCUAUGCUGUUUUUUUCCCAACUAUUUGAACUUUUCUUGUAAAUUUUCUUCUCUUAUGACUUCACGCCCACGGUAUUUACCCCAUAUAUUUUCCCCCAAGCUAUUUUUUUUAAUUACUUUAUUUUGUCUAGUUUGUUUCUCAUAAUAUUACAAGUUUAAAAAAUGUAUUUUUUCUUGAAUAUUUUCACCUUUAUGCUGCUAAAAUGAAAUGAUUUUUCCUCAUAAUAUCACAGCGUUAUUCUCAUAAAAUUAAGAUUUUUGUCUUGUUGGAUUACUGCUGUUGUUUUUUUAGUUUUCUUGUUCAAUUAUAUUUUUGGAAUGUGCCGAAUAACACCUGCAAGCCACAAGUGCCCCCCCGGGCCACACUUUGGACACCCCUGCUUUAAAUGCAGCGACUGCCGUCUCAUGGAAUUCAUUAAAAACCAUCAGGAGGUUGCCUACAGCCACAGCUGUUGAUGCUAAUGUGUUUUUAGAGACAUAAAUGAAAUGAACAGAGGCAUUAUUUGCAGCACCGACACCAAUAUGUCGUUUUUUUUUCCAGCAUUUUUUGAGAAGCUGAUGUUUGCGGUCAGCCCCGAUUGAGGACUUACUUGUGAGGUUUUCGUCCCUUUGGGAAAAUCCAAAAAGGAUGCUAUGAAACAACAACAAAAAUGCUGCAAACUUGCGCCUGGACAACAAAACUUUCAUGUACUACUACUUUGUGUUUUGAAGUGAUUUGUUUCCAAAGCUGUGAAAGUGCAAGAUGAAAUCAUUUGCACAUAUUUACUGUCUCUUUGAAUAUUGCACAUUAUAAUAAUAGUAGUAAUAAUAAUAAUAAUGUUUUUGAAGUGAAGCUGCAUGCAUGCUGCAUACUUACUGUGUGACAUACAGUAUUACUGCCACCUGUAUUUCUUCAUGGAGUCUUCUGUUUCCUUUCAUCCUGGAUUCUACUUUUCAUGGUGGAGAAGAUGGAUGGAUGGCGGCACCGCCUCCUUCUCAGACCUUCACAUUGCUUGUUUGCCAUCGAGUGUUAAUGGACGCACAGAUGCCAAAAAAUAUCAAAAGCAUGUUUUAUUUUCCCAAAUGUCUCAGGUCAAUAAGAAUGUGCAAGUACAGUAUUAUA